AACUUUUAUUGGUGUAGGUUAAAUUUCUGGUUCUUAAGUUGUGCGUCGUAAAAGCCACACCAAUUCCCCCAUAGAAAUCAGAAAACCCACCGAACCCUUACCAGCGGAUCGCCGUGCUGAGUGUGAAGCGAAGGCAUCAUGGGGCUGACGAAUUUCGUGCUGACGGUGGCGGGUGUAAGCGCCGUCGUUCUUCUCCUUAGGAGUGACGUCAGACAAUCUGCCUCCGUCUUCCGGCGUAACGUCAAGCACAUUCGCAACUGGCUCGAAGAAGAAACCGCCGCUACAUCCAAGACAAUGGAAAAGUCCACUCCCAAAGAAUUUGAAUCAAAGGUUCCUCCGAAAGACAUUCCUAAGGAGGACAAAAAACAUUAAUGUUUAUACAGGUGAUGCAGAUGUUACUGCAGUAAUUGUGUUUCUCUUAUUGUUUUUGAAUGGAUACAUGUUUUUGUGUCUUUACUAGAAUGAAUUCUUGAUCACUGUCUGUUCAUAUUACUCUUGAAUGACCCUUGUAUUAGUACAUAUAUAUUUAGCAAUAAUAUGACGGAUGACAAUUUUGGUUA